AUGGCAAAACUCGAGACGCAGAGCACAACGAGAGCACAACGAGAGCACUACAGUACAAACAGGCUCGAGAGAGCAGAUUUGGCAUCGGAAGAGCGAGAAAGAGACUGGACCUGGUUGGAAUCCUGGAUUGUUCCUGUGCUCGCUCGCGGCAUGUCUGACACAGGCGGCGGCGGCGGCGGCGGCGGCGGCGGCGGUGGUGGUGGUGGUGGUGGCGGAGCUGUGGGCGCUGCGAGAUGA